CCGAGGAAUUGAGGAUGGAGAUGCGGAAGGAGAUGAGGAUGGAGGCUGCAUUAGUCGCGAGUGAACUACGAGAAAAGAUAUCCGGAGGUUUCUGUGAACAAUUGACGGACGAGAUGCUCAAGGCGCUCGCAACAGCAUCCAUCGAUCGGAAAGGGAAGAAGAAGGUAGCAUCGCCACCGUCUCCAGGACCGUCGACUACAAGUGGCAAUGAAUCGGGCGACGCGACACCAUUGAACCGACGUACUUGGAUAUUGACGCUUAAGGAGAAGCGUAAGAGAAGCACCAAGAAAACGGUGGGCAAUAGCCCACCGAUGAUGCAAUCAGCGAAGAGAACGCCGCGGGCGACCGGAGUGAAACCCGUGCGACUCGCAGCGAAGUUACAACGCACGACACCAAAGACGAAGACGAACAAGACUCCGCCAAGAUUUACACCGAGAAGGAGUACUUCAGGAACGAAGAUCGCUGCCACGGCGGGAUCGGCGGGAAAAGCGCAGUUCAUUUGUGAGAACAUCCGCGCACUAGCGGAUCUGGGUGCCGAAGAUCUCAAGGAGAUUUGUCGGAAGGAGGACGUGGAUUACGAGAAGAAGACAAUUGUGGCCAUGAACAUCGCAAAGAAGAGAUCAAUGGUGGCGUAUGAAAGUGAAGAGGAGGAGGUUGGCAGUAGUGAUUACGAGACGGAAGGGAUUGAGCAGGGAAGUGCGGACGAACAAGUCAAAGAAGAACCAAGGCAUGAAGUUUUGAUGAUACGAAUUGUCUGUGGACUCUAUGCAAUUGUCCGGUGGAAUAUCGUCAGGGAAGGACUUUUGAUACACGAGUGGAAAAACUUUACCGACUGACAGUUAUGUUGCUUACUCUGGCGGGUGAGAUACGAUGGUUGACGAAAUGCAUCGACUCGUGGGUACGGAUGUA